AGCAGAAUCGUUUGAAAUGCCGUAGCGUACGGACGGUGCCCACGACACGAGCGAGCGACCGAUUUCUGCUGCCCGACAGCGACCAAUGUUCCGCGCGCGCAAUCGCAACUUCUCCCGCCCUUUAACACGUGUGCGUUUGUGUGUAUGUGUGUGCCAGUGAGUGUGUGUGUGUGUAUGCAGUUUCUUAACUGUGCAGCAGGCGUCUCCGCGACAACAACGCUCGGGGUUUAGUCUUCUCGUCAUCCGCGACACACAACUCCCACGGCUGCACGCGGCGCGUAAGUGCAACACGGCAGCUUCCGCGCGCGCCGCAAGUUCCCUAUUUGCGUAAUCCCGGGUCACAGGUACGCACAGCACAGUUAGGCCGUGGUGACAAACUUUAGCGUUUGGCAAUCGUUCGUGUAUCAGAGUUGGAGAACAAAAGGUGCGAAAAAAAGUUUAAACAUAAAACUAAAGCAGAGAAGCAGAGAGUGUGUGUGUGUGUGUUUGUAUGUGAGUGGAAAAAAGUGUAUGUGUGUGUGUUGAUCUUGAAUUGAAGUGUCAAGCAUGUGUCGGGAGAGGAAAGAUACUGUGCGCAUGCAGUUCUGUGGCGCAUUUUCGCGCGUAUCGCCGGUGUACAAACGUUAAUUUUGAGUGUGCGUGAACGUUAAGGUGACGUAGUGAGCCUAAUUUUUGUGAGGUUAUAAAGCGCAUCAAUACACUCUCCGGCAUCAAGUGAAGCUCUAAAGAGAUCUAAACACAAUCCAAGCAGGCGGCUCGAGCACCGUGUCCCGCUCGUGCAGCACUCCGACCAGCCGCGAUGCCAUCGGACACACCGCCCCCGUCCGCAACAUCGGUGUCCCAUCCGUCACCAGCGUCGAGCCAUCACGAUCCGAACGAUCCGAACGCCCCGCCCAGGGACCCGGUGGACCGAUCGGGCACGGGGACGCCCGGCCCCUCGGACCACCCGACCGGUGGUCACCUCGGUCACCAUCAACCGCCGUCGAGCUCGUCCUCGUCCAGCUCGUCCUCGUCGUCCUCCAGCACGUCCUCGUCGCUCUCAUCCCUCUCCCUGAAGCGCUCGCUGGAGGAACCACUGACCACGGCGAAACCGUCGCCCCCCUGCUCGCCCCUCACGAUGGAUCAUCAUCAUCAGCACAAGGCCGCCCGCCAGUCGCGAGCCGCAAGCCCGGCCGGACGUUCCACCCAGCAACAGGCGAGCCCAGGCGCCCCCGGAACCGGCGGCUCUUCCUCCGGUGGUGGUGGCGGUGGACAGCAGUUCUGUCUGCGCUGGAACAACUACCAGACCAACCUGACGAGCGUGUUCGAUCAGCUGCUGCAGAGCGAAUCGUUCGUCGACGUCACGCUCGCCUGCGACGGCCAGUCGAUGAAGGCGCACAAGAUGGUGCUGUCCGCCUGCAGCCCCUACUUCCAGACGCUGUUCUUCGACAACCCCUGCCAGCACCCGAUCGUGAUCAUGCGCGACGUUAGCUGGGCCGAGCUGAAGGCGAUCGUGGAGUUUAUGUACAAGGGCGAGAUCAACGUGAGCCAGGACCAGAUCGGGCCGCUGCUGAAGGUGGCCGAGAUGCUGAAGAUACGCGGGCUGGCCGACGUGAGCGGCGAUGCGGGCGAGCCGACGGGCAGCCGGGCCGAGCGGGAAGCGGCCGGAAGUCGUGGCCCCGAGGAGCUGGAUCGCGAGGAGCACGGCAAGCUGCUGAACCCGCUGGCGAUCGUCGGAAGCUCGCUGCUCGCCAACGGUGCGGCUUCGGCAGCAAUGGCGGGCGGCAAUGGGGCGAACAGUACGGCCACGAGCGGCUCGGCCGCCGUGCAGGCGGCAGCGGCGGCUGCGGCCGCGAAGAAGCAGCGGGCGGGCCGCGACCGCGACACGACCAAAGAGCACCGGAUGGACGCACGGCUGAGCGAGUUCGCGCGCGACCUUUCGCGGGCCGAUCCGCACAUCUCGUCGCGCGACAUUAGCAGCGUGGCGGCGGCAGCGGCGGCGGCUGCCGCGGCCGCUGCCGGGCUGGCGGUAGGCGAGUGGCCGCUCGGUGCGGCCGGGCUAGAGGCGGCCGCAGCGGCCGCCGUUCAGGCCUCCACGCCCAAGAGCGCCCGCAAGCGCCGGUGGCCCUCGGGCGAGCGGAGCAGCAUCGGCAGUCCGGCUGACAGUACGCCGGACCAGCUGGAGGUACCGUCGCCGAUACCGCCCACCCCGUCCAGCCUGGCACAGUCGACUGGUGGAGGCGGAGGUGGUGGUGGUGGUGGCGGCGGCGGCGGUGGAGGAGGAAGUGGUGGUGGUGGUGGCGGUGGGUCGAGCAAUUCGCUCGCAUCGUUCCCGCUGCCACCGGCACUGGAUACGGCCGCGAUGGCGAUGUCGUCGCUGUCGUCCUCGAUCGCGAACCAUCCGGACGACAUGGAGAUCAAGCCGGGCAUCGCGGAGAUGAUACGCGAGGAAGAAAGGGCUAAACUGUUGGAAAACUCCCAAGCAUGGUUAGGAGCGUCUACGUCAUCAAUUGCUGCAGAAAGUUACCAAUACCAGCUUCAGUCGAUGUGGCAGAAGUGCUGGAACAGCCAGAACCUGAUCCACCAUCUGCGCUUUCGCGAGCGCGGCCCGCUAAAGUCCUGGCGCCCGGAAACGAUGGCCGAAGCGAUCUUCAGCGUGCUGAAGGAGGGCCUGUCGCUGUCUCAGGCGGCCCGCAAGUACGACAUCCCCUACCCGACGUUCGUGCUGUACGCGAACCGGGUGCACAACAUGCUCGGUCCGUCGAUCGACGGCGGUACGGAUCUGCGGCCGAAGGGUCGCGGUCGACCGCAGCGCAUCCUGCUCGGCAUCUGGCCGGACGACCACAUCAAGGGCGUCAUCAAGAGUGUCGUCUUUCGCGAUGCCAAAGAGAUGAAGGAGGAGCCGAUGAUGUACGGCCGACACUCUGUAAGUAGCGCCAACACCAUGGGGCCUUUUCCCUUUCAAGACAACCCCCUGAGCUACGGACCGACCGCACCGAACGGUCAGCUACCCUCCGUGGCGACCGGCACCAACGUCCCGGACGGCAUGUCGCAGGACGCGCUGACAGCCGCCACCGUGGCCGCCGUCCGCCAGCAGAUGUGCAAUAUGGUCGCGGCCGCCCAGCACCACCCGGACGCCGCCAAUCUCGUGGCGGCGGCCGGCUUCAACCUACCGUCCCACUGUGGCACACCGCCCAACCUGAGCAUGCAUCCGGCAGCGGCAGCGGCCGCCGCCGCCGCAGCCGCCGCCUCGAACGCAUCCGCCGCCGGUGGACCGAGCGGGGGCGGCGGCGGCGGUGGCUCGAGCGGUGCCAUCCCGCUCCCGAAGAUGGGCUCACCGGCCGUCCCGUCGACCGGGCACGGUAACAACAAUGGUGGCUCGGGCGCCGGCAUUCAGAUGCCGCGCCUGGGCUCGCCCGCCGGGUCGAGCGGGCUGGCGAAGGAGCACGAGCUGCAGCAUCACGGCGGCGGCGGCGGCGGCAGCGGAGGGCUUGGUGGUGGAUCCGGGGGCGGUAUAUCCCGGGCGACACCGCCCGGUGCCCGGGACCGUGCGAUGACGGCCCGCUCCAAUCUGGCCGCCAGCGAGACGGGCCGCAGCAGCAGUUCCGCCGGCAGCAUCCAUCGAUCGUCACCUUCCAGCAGUGCCGGCUCGUCCCUGAACCACCAGCACCCGGCCCAUCUGUCCCAUCCGCACCAUCAGCAGCAGCAUCACCACCAGCACCAGCACCACCACCAGCCGCACCACGGACAUGCGCACCAUCUGCCGCACCACAACCCCCUGUCCCAUCUGGUGGGUGCGGGCGGCGCGUCGGGCGCCCUCAGCAUAACGAAGCUCGGUUCGCCCGGCUCGGCGCACGACCUACGCAUCAGCAACAGCCCCGACGAGAGCCCGCUCGCCUCCCCGAUCGGGCUGGCGAUGGAACCGGCCGUCAAUCUGGCGCUCGGGGCCGGCGGCACCCAGCCCGGGCCCGAGGAUGUGCGGCUGCACGUGCCGCCCCCGUACGGCAGCAAGCCGCCGUCCCGGGGCGGUGGAGCACCGUCCGCCGGCUACGCCAGCAACUCGUCCCCACCGCGACCCGAGCACCUGUUCCAGGAUCAGGACAUUGCGGCGCUGGUAGCGACGACGCGGGCCGCCUGCCCACCGUCCCGCGUGCCCGACUACAAGGACACGGCGGUACGGCCACCGGCCUCAAUCAAGGUGGAACCGCUGACCGAGUGUCGGGGCGAUUAAACCGGCACCAUGACGCACACAGGCACUCGGGCACACAAGCACACAUACAUCCACCAGCACCCCGCACCGCUAUCCCACCCCGAACUGGGCGCCAUCGGUGGCUCCCUCUAUCGGUCGGUCUUUUAAGUUUAGACAAUUUUUAAUAUGUGAUAUAUUUAAGCGGAAGAGCGCUCGGGCGAGAGUUCCCACAAGUCUUCUCCCUGGUGCAGUGGCGUCGCGAGUGGGUCAUAACGGAACCCCCCCAUUGUCCUGCUCGCCCCAUUUCGCUUCCACGUGUAGGCAUUAAAUGUAGUUGUGAGCAUAUAUACAUAUACACUAUACACAGUAUUUAUUUGGACAGUUUCCCAUCGCUGGGGGGGAAACAACUGCAACUUACAAACAUGGGGGACAUGCUUCCAACAUUUUGUGUUUGUGUGUGUGUAUGCGUGUGGCAGAUGGUGUAUGGGAGGAGCACAGCAAUGAGCCAAGAGAUAAAAAAUGAAGAACAAAAUCACCCUCCCAGAUAAGAGUUUGUGUGCAAUAAGGAGUGGUGGGAAAAGCUCGGCGAACGACUAUUGGGAGCGAAAAAGAGACAAAAGGCAAGGAACACCAUGAGAAAGAGAGGCACAGAUAGAAAGCACACGAUUGGCAAAACAUGUAAAAUGGAAUCUUACAUUCCAAACUGUCAUCAAUCUUAUCGCAAAACGGUCGAAAAGAACUGCCGUGUCCUAAGCGCUAACGUAGCCGGAAAAGGAACGGAACAGUCCUUUGGAAAGGUGAAAAAGAGAGAGAGGGAGAAAGAAAAUGAUAAUUUAAAAAAAUUGAAACCAUUACAACGUAAAAGGGGCAAAAGAUUUAAAAUUGCAUCAUGACUUCUAACUAAUGUGUGUACAAAACAAAACAAAACAAACAAACGGUAUUGAAAGUUUCAACAACAAAAGCAUACAAAUAGAGAGCAAGCGACACCUGCACGCCUGCAUUCUCGCUGGUUGUGGUAAAACUCAAACCCAAACCCUCUGAAAAGGUGUGAUCGGCUUUGUAAGAUCACCGAAUUGUGCGUUGAGGAGCGAUUUGAAUUGCAUACCUUGCAGGCGGAAGAGAGCAAAAUUUAAAACAAAAAUAAAAACAUGAGCUAGGGACUAUUUUGUACACGGGCGAACACAUUUAUAAUGCCAAACUUUCGGACCUUACAAAUAAAACAAAGUAAAAGGGGGAGAUAAAGAAAGGGAAAAACAAAAAUCUCUACCAGUACUUUCGGCUACCUUAUCAAUGGACGGAGAUGAAGCGAAACUGAAACAAACAAACAAACAAAUAGUUUAGCAAAAAGGACAAAACAGAGUAACACAUUGCUAUACAACAAAGAAGAAAGAUGAGAGAGAUGAAUAGAAAGAGAGAGAGAGAGAGAGAGAGAGAGAGAGAAAGUAAGAGAACAACAAUCCAACCUUUUAGGCCUUUUAGAUUGAAGCAUUUUUCUGCCGAGUGAGCUGAAGCAAUCCUCGCAAAAAAAAAAUGGAACGAAUGGAACAUGGAACGAAUACGUUGUUUAGUUAAUUGAAUUUUGCGUUCCCAAUUUUACGUUGCACUACGACCGUGUGCACAAAACUGCUACCACCAGGUUCGUUGUGGUGAAAAAAAAAAUAUAGCAAACCGGCACCAGCAAACCGGACCGAAGAAAAACCCACUACAAAAGCACAAACAAGAAGGAAAAAUGGAAGGAAUUAAACAAACAGGCACGAUCUGCAGCAAGUUUUUGGCAGAGAACUAGCGACAAAACCAAAACUGCUGCAAAACUACUAAACAAGCCAAGGAACGAACGCUCCUCUUUUCGGACGGAACCCCUUAAAGUAUCACGGAUCUCUGCCCGGACGCCCCUACUCCUCUUAAAAAGGCAAAGCAUGUUACCAUUUUUUGGCAAACCAAAAAAAAAAACAUAAAACAAUUUUCGGCGAAAAGGUGAAAACGUUUAGGCAAAAGUAGGAACAAAGUAGCGAAAAUUUAUUACAACAAAAAUACAAGCAACCUUUCGGCCUAUGUGUUCAAAAAAGUGAAGAAACAUGAGAAAAAAACAAGAAGUAGAAGAAAACAAAGUAAUAAAAAUCGCAAAAAAAUGGCGAACAAAACCCUGUUUUUGGCUAGGAGAGAGUAACAAAAUUUUAUGCAAAAUUUAACAAAAUUAUUAACGCGAAAAGAAUGAUACAAAAUUAUAGUAGCAGAAAAGAGAUAUAUUUAACAAAAUUGCGUACGGUGCAGGUGAGCGCUUAAAGGAAACACAAAUCGUACCAAAAAACGAUACAAGGAGUGUAAGACAGGAAUAAAAAACACGGCGAAGAAAAAACAAGUAGUAGUAGGCCUUUGGACAAAAAGCGCAGUGAAAAGAGCGGGAAAGAAAACGAAAGAGACAAAGAGACAAAAGUGCCUUCCACUUCCCUUUACGAAGCGUGUAACAGAAAGCGAGAGAGAGCGAGAGAAAAAAGAGAGAAAGAAAACAGAAACAAAAAACCACAAAUCUAUAAACCAACCGGGUGAAACUACGGUGAACUGAACACGGUGAAGAAAGUGAAAGAAAGCAAACCAAUAAUACCACAAUGGCGAAACACGAGUGGCUGGUGUAGUUGUUAGUUUUAUAGUGAGUAAACUGGUGCAGGAGAAUACAAAAAUUGUUACAACACUUUUCGGCAAACCGGUAAAUCUAUGUAUCAAAAUCAAAGUCAGAUAUAGAGUGUAUUCGUUUCGUUUUUCUGUUGGUUGUUCCAGUGCACUGUACGAGGACAGUGAGAUGUGUGAGAGAGAGUUAGGGAGAAGAAAAGAAUGAGAGAUCUUUUAAAAAAUUAUAAAAUCAUACUCAAGCAAUGGGAAAAGAUGUACUCUAGGAAGGCGUACGUGAGACAAAGUUUGCUUCAGUAACCGUUCAGACCAAAAUUUUAAAAGUCAAAAUUAAAGAAAAAAGAUGUUUUAAGGCAUUUAUGUUACCCCCAAAAAACAUCCAGCUCUGUGGAAAAACAAAUGAGGAAAAACUGUGAAAAAAACAAACAAAAUCCCAACAAUAGUCAUCAUGUUUUGCAACAUUUGCUAAAACAACCCCCCUAAACAAGGAUGCAACAAUUGAAAAAGAAACUAUUAUUUGCCGGAGUCUAGCCGUUUCAGACCCUACAACAACCAACAACGUGUGAAUAAGUAAGCGAUCAUUCCAUUACCUAUGCUCAUGGCACGAUCGUACAGACACCAUCCCCCGAACCCGAUUACGUUGUACCAGCGAAACAAGCAAAUCAACGCUUAAGUUUACAACGCUAGCCGCAUUGAGUCUCUAGCACGUACGCAUACGCAACCUUUUAUCGCAUUACGAGUAUGCGCCGGUAUACGACAAAGCAGAACAAAAACCAAAAAUUAUCACAUAGGACACAUACACAGAUACGUCACAUGAGAGAGCAAAGCCCGGUACAGCAAGCAAAAAAAGAACCUUUCUUUCUGCAACAUAAAAACAGAACAACAAUAACCAACAAUAGUUUACGCAUUAUGGAUGUCAACCCCCGCUCUCCGCUCUUUGAAUGAUCUCAUAUAGGAAAUGUGAAUGAAUUACAUCCACCCAGCUGUUUCGAUACGAAUCCAGCAGUCCUCCCCCCGCUGACGACAGUGCAGGGGGUGGAGCAUGUUCAAACAAAUAGCAACAAAACACAAGCAAAUCAGAAUAAUAAUCACCCAACCUCCCCUCAAACAGCUCAGCAAGAAAAAAAGGGAAUAUUAGCUAAACUUCAUAAAUGUAUGUGUAAAAUGGAAUAGAAAUACUUAACAAACAAAAGAAAACAAAUACAAACACAAACACAAACACACAACAAUGGAUGAGAAAAGAUGAAAAGAAAGGUGUCAAGACAAGAACAAGAAGCAUGAAAACCAUAACAGCACAACUGUGUAGCUGUUGAAAGACGCAAAAAUGAGAGUAGAAAAAGGAGCAAAUAAUUGUGACAUGAAAGAUAGUAAAUGAUCGUAACUGAGCGAUCGAGACCAUCGCUGUGCGCAUGUACUACUAACCUACAUAACGAAGAAAAAGAAAAAGAAGAAGAAAAACAAAACAAUCAUCAACAGGACUUGGUUGUGUGAGCGCAUUUCAACGCAAUCGCUUAUCGUGUUUGAUAAUUUAUCGCUUUUUUCUGUACAUUCUCUCGUGUUUUUUUUUUUAUUUGGUGGCCAUUUUCAGCCUGCUAUGAUUGAGUGUCUCAAAGGAGGAUAAGUGACCACUAAGCAGCAGCAGCCCCAAACAAACCAAACUUUCGCCACUAGAGGGCGUUUGUUUGGCGCGCAAAAGCAAAAACUAUAAACAACCACACAUACACACACACAUACAAAUAUAGCAAAACUACAGAAACGUGAAUAAACGUUGAUACAAAUCAAAGCCCGAUCGUGCGAUAGUACAUAGCAGUGUAAUGUAGCCGAUGUAAUUGCUAUUUGUUUAGGUUAAUUUAAAUGAAUUAUCACACGUUCGCUACCAACUACCCGCAAAACAUCACAGACACACACACACACCGCGCCCCCUUACACUACAGGCACAGACAGGCUGUAUGGGUUUAUCUUUGCAAUGGAAAGCUAGCCACGUAGAACGACGUUCGAUCGUCGCCGUGCAAUUUAUAGUGAAAAAAGAACGACUAAAAAUAUUAAACAAUCUUGUGUAAUUUAAAAAACAAAAACAUUUAAAGCUAUCCCCAUCCCAAACCAUUUCACCAUCUCCACCACUACCAUGCUCUAAUUCCCAAUCAAUGUACAAAUGUAGUCCAAAAACUAAGCCACCCCACCCUCUAAAUCCAACCUUCCAUCGGCGAGGCUUAACUGGUUGAAUGAAGCUCUACCAAUUAUUUUAUUUGUUUAGUGUAUAAUUUAAUGUGCAUUUCUCUGUUCUUGAUUUUUGCACUGUAACGCAUAAGGACAGUGAAAGAAAGCGGCUAGAUAUAUAUACAUGUAUGUUCUGUGUUGUUACUAUUUUCUAGAGAUGAUUUACGACUUUUAACACACAACAAACACGCGCACCGAUACGCACUUUAAAUGCCUCUCAAGAGUCUUGGUGGUGAGGUGAGGAAAAUGGGAAUCAUGUUUCUUUUUUUGUUUUAAUAUUAUUAUUACUGAAAGGAUCGACUCCUACUUAUCUUAAUAGCAGAGUUUAUUUAUUAUACAUCGCAAUAAUUUGCUUUAGUAAUACUGUAGCGACUAUUUUUACUACAACUACUACUACUAGUACUAUUACUACCACUACUACAGCUACUUUUAUUACUAGGGGGAAAAAGAGUUAGACGGUAAUGGCAAAUGUAUACCGAUAUAGUUAAUAGUACGCGUUGUGCAAAGGAAAUACGUGAGCAAGAGAGUGAAGAAAAGCGAUUGAACUGUUUCAGAAUUUAACGCGCAAAACGAUAAAACAAUUCGAACCAAUCCUACCAAUCCCAAGCAAAACGGAUGUUUAGAAGCGAUAGCCAUUCAUCCUUGAUAACUGUACAUGGAUCCCAUAGCCUUCCUUGGGCGCGCGCGUUGACGGCAGCAUGGUUUGCUGCAGUGUGCGGAAGAUUAAUUUAUACAAGUGUCUGUUGAAUUUUAUUUUCUAUUGCCUAAGUUAUUAUGUAUUUUUUAUGAGCUAUCAUUUAAGUGCACAUUUUUAUACUGUACGUGCAUGGGGGUAGAAAGAGAGUGGAAACGGCAGCUGUAUGCGUAACAAAGUCGUUGUUAUAACGAAGCGAAAGGGAAAGAGAGAGAAAGAGAGAAAAAUCCAGAUCCCGAUGGGUAGUACUAUUUUUAUGCAUGCGCGCAAAAAAAUAAUAAAAACAAAAAUACGCAAUCUUACCUAAUUAUUGAUUUGAAGCAGUGGCUGAAAAUGGUACACCCGACAACCCAUGGUAUGAGAGCAGGCUAGGAACAGUGGGACAUACCUACAGUACUAAUCGAUCAUCAUUGUGAACGAUGGAUGUAGUACAGCACAUCCACAACAAAUACACAUACACAGCAGCUCCAGCAGCAAAACCACAAUCAAAUAAAAUAACUACACUCUCAUCUGGCUAAACAAAUGAGAUGGAAACGAAUAAAGCAAAAGAAGUAAAAAAAAAACAGCAAAACA